GGGUUUUUACUGUUAUGUUAUCACAUAUCUAGGUGUAUGACUUGUCAACGAUUUUACACCUAUAGCUACGUUGGUGUGUUUCGAAGAUCGAGUUUUAACCCCCUUUUUUUUUUCUUUAUGUCCAAGCAUGGUGGAGGAUGAACAAUAGGAGAAGUAUAUGAAAAAGGGUUUCCUUAUUAUUCCAUUAAAAUUAGUGGUUUUGAUUCCCAAGUUAAAGAAGCUAGCUAUUUACAAGGAUGGAAGAAAGCCAUGGCUCCCAAUGUUCCAAGACAAGUUCAUCUAACAUUGAUGAAGAUGAGUGUGAAAGCAAGGUCGAUGAAGAUGAAAGUAAGCAAAACAACAUGGGAGGAAGCUCAAGCAAUAGCACAGUGGAAGAGAAUGAUAAGAAGAUAAGGCCUUAUGUUAGAUCUAAGUUCCCAAGGCUAAGAUGGACACCUGAUCUUCAUCAUCGCUUUGUUCAUGCUGUUCAAAGACUUGGAGGACAUGAGAGAGCAACACCAAAGUUGGUCCUUCAAUUGAUGAAUAUCAAAGGUUUAAGCAUUGCCCAUGUCAAGAGUCAUUUACAGAUGUUUAGGAGCAAAAAGGUAGAUGACCCAAAUCAAGUAUUGGCCGAUCCUAGGAAUCUUGUAGAAACUGGAGACAGAAAUAUUUACAAUCUCAGCCAACUUCCAAUGCUUCAAGGAUAUAAUCCAAGCCAAAGAUAUAGAUUCGGGGAUGCAUCUUUUGGUGUCCGUGGAAGAAUGGUGCAUAGACCUUUUGAUUGGUCUAACGGAAAUUUUCGGAUGGGAUCUACCAUUUUUGGUGAACAAUCAACAAGUAAAAUCCAUGAACCAAAAAAUGAGUUUUUCUCAUUUGGUGGACAUGAAUCUUUAUACACAGGCACAAGAUUGAGCCAUGUUGAUUUCACUUCUUCAAUCAAUGUGAAACUAAGUGCACAAGACCUUGUGCCUAUUGAUAAGGCCAACAAGGCUUUAUAUCCCGCGUGUGAUAGGUCCAGAUCACCUAUCAACUCAACAGAAAAUCCAAUAAAGACACUGAAAAGGAAGGCUUCAGAUACUACAAUUGAUUUGGAUCUGUCACUAAAAUUAAAUUCAAAGAUAGAUAGUGAAGGAAGCUUGGAGGAUCAUGAAGUUGAUAGUAAUUUAUCACUCUCAUUGUACUCUCAAUCCUACUCCUCUAUUAAUCUUAGCAGCAGGUUGAAGGAAGCACAGGAUCGUUGUAAGGAGCAAAGGAAAAUUGCCAAUAUUCUGGAUCUGACUAUAUGAAUAAGACAAAUUCCUAGUGAGAUCUUGAGGUACU